AUGGUGCAUAAUGAAAGUACAUCCAAUUUCAAAAACCUCGGUAAUCUUAAGUUUGGUGAAUCAACACAUGGUCUUGAGUCUGAUGAGCCAAUAUAUGAUCUUGAAUUUAAUGGACCAACGUAUGAUUCAGUAAUUGUUGUUCAAGAAAAUAAAGAUGUCGGAUUGGACUAUUCUAAAGAGAAGUUAUACGAAGGAAUGGUAUUUAAAAGUUGGAAAGAAGCAUCUGAUACAUUAAAACUAUAUUCUCAAUAUGAAGGGUUUAAGCUAAAGAAAGGACGUGUUGAAAAGACUUCUAAUAGAACUAUACGAAAAAGAACAAUGUUGUGUGAACACAGCGGCAAAUAUAAACCUAAAAACAUGCAAUUAACUAAAGAAACAAGCACAAAAUAUAUCAAAUAUCUGUGGCAUGUAAAUUUGUCACAACCGCAGAAGAAUAAUCCUAAUGAAAAUGUUUAUAUUACCACUUUAGACAAUAGCCAUAAUCAUAACUUGUCCUCUUAUAGAACAAAAUUUUUUAAUGAUAGUGAACUUUCCCAAGAAAUGUAUGAUAGGGUAGAAUUUUAUGUGAAUACUGUUAAGUUAAAGCCGCUACAAAUUCAGAGGGCUUUACGAAAAGAAUUUUCUGACCACAAAGUUUACCUUUCUGAAAUUCAUAAAGCAACAGCAAAAUAUUAUAGUGGGAAAUGA